AUGCUGCUAAUGAAAAUGGUGCCUGUGGUGCCUGCGGUGGUGGUGGUGGUGGUGGCGGUGGUGCUGGUGCUCGGGGAAGAUGCUGGCGGCGGCGGUAUGACGCAACUGGCCAUGGAGGUCGGCGGUGCUACCAAACUUCGUGGUGACGUGGCUGUCCUCGAACCCUUGAAAAGAAAACGGAGGACUCCUAUUUUCAAUCUCUUUAGGCGGAAUCGAUCCCGGGGCAAGGGGAAAGGUAAGGGUAGGCCAAGUACGUCCUAUGGAGCCCCUCCUAGCACAUCCUACGGACCACCACCAAAGGCUCCUAGCCCAUCCUACGGACCACCACCAAAGGCUUCUAGCUCAUCCUACGGACCACCACCAAAGGCUUCUAGUCCAUCUUACGGACCACCACCAAAGGCUUCUAGCCCAUCCUACGGACCACCACCAAAGGCUCUAAGUUCAUCCUACGGUGCGCCCCCAGCUGCCCCAAGCACAUCCUACGGAGCACCUCCUGCAGCUCCAAGCUCAUCCUACGGAGCACCUGUAGCUCCAAGUCCAUCCUACGGAGCACCUCCAAGUCAAUCCUACGGAGCUCCUCCAAGUCAAUCCUACGGAGCACCCUCUGCUGCCCCUAGCCAAUCCUACGGAGCACCUCCAAGUCAAUCCUACGGAGCACCCUCUCCUGCCCCUAGCCAAUCCUACGGAGCUCCUCCAAGUCAAUCCUACGGAGCACCCUCUCCUGCCCCUAGCCAAUCCUACGGAGCACCCGCUCCUGCUCCAAGCCAAUCCUAUGGAGCACCGGCAAACCCACCAAGUAGUUCCUACGGUGCUCCUUGA